AUGGUCCAGGACAACCAGGCUUUGAUGUCUCCAGAAGUUAGCGAGCGAUAUGGCGGCAAACUUCCAUUCCUCUUCAAGGUGCUGUCGAUCCGCAAAGCUCUUAGCAUCCAGGCCCAUCCAAACAAGAAGCUCGCGGAGACUCUUCAUGCGCGGGACUCUAAGAAUUAUCCAGAUGACAACCACAAGCCAGAGAUGACCAUCGCGAUCACACCUUUUGAAGGCCUGUGUGGCUUCCGGCCUCUGGCGGAAAUAGUUCACUUCCUAAAGGCCGUUGCACCUCUUCGUGGUCUCAUCGGCGCACAGACUGCAACCGACUUUGAGAAUACGGUUCGAGGGUCUGAGGACACCGAGGAUCCAGAACAGACGAAAAAGAAUAAAGCGGCCUUGCGAACACUGUUUACCUCGCUGAUGAAAUCCUCUCCGGAGGAUAUUGAGGCCGCCGCGCAGGAACUGGUUGCAGCGGCGCAGAGCUCUCCAGAAACAUUCGCAUCGCUGGUCAACGCUCCCGACACCAACCCUACUGACGCCGCCGAAUUAGCAUCAAUAAUUGUCCGACUCAACGAGCAGUUUCCCAACGAUAUUGGUCUGUUUGUUUUCUUCUUCCUCAAUUUCGUCUGUCUGGAGCCUGGAGAAGCCAUGUUCCUCAAGGCCGACGAUAUCCACGCCUAUAUCUCCGGCGACAUUAUCGAGUGCAUGGCCUCAUCCGACAAUGUCGUUCGUGCGGGGUUUACGCCCAAGUUCAAGGAUGUGGACACACUCACCGAAAUGCUGACCUACUCGUAUGCGCCGAUUGAUGAACAGAAGCUGGAGCCCACGGACUAUCCAUACGUGGUGCUAAAUGCGCCAGCGUACUCGAGCGCUUCAGACUCUCUUCUUUAUGAUCCCCCAAUCGAGGAGUUCAGCGUGGUGAAGACAGCUCUCCGCCGCACAGGGGCCAAAGCGACGUUUGAUCCGCUGACCGGACCGAGUAUCUUGAUUUGUACUGGGGGUACCGGUAAGAUAUCGGUGGGCCACAAGACCGAGGAAGUCAAAGAGGGAUAUGUGUUCUUUGUAGGCGCAAAUGCUGAGUGCAUUAUCGAGAACACAGGAACCGGGCCAGACCAGGAGAAUGUCUUUACCACAUUCAAGGCUUUCUGCGACCUGACCGGGAAAGAGGAUUCGGUCAAUGGCAACUAG